UAUGUGAGCAAAUGAUCAGCUCAAAGGCUCAGCACUGUUUACUUGUGGCAUCAUUGUCCCAUUGCUCUUUGCGUGACUGUGUGUGGUUCGCUUCUCUGAUUGUAACGCGAAAUAUGCAACAGAGAGUUUCAGUUUAUCAGUUUAUUUUUGAAAGGGGACAAUGCAAUUUCAUAAAACACAUGAAGUACACAUGGUUAAAAAAGCCAGAAUUAGCCAGAAGGCUAGUUUUCAUCUGUAGUCCCCUGGCCAUGAUGUAAAAAAGCAGUAAAAUACAUCUACAAGACAAUAUAAUACAGGAUACAUAAUCAAACUAUACUAUUAAGCGAGAAUAAAACCAUAAUUUUUUUGAUCAUAACAAAAAGACAACAUAACAUACUUGUCUUUUAGUGUUGGCAGCUAUAGGUGUUAACUAGCCACAUUUUCAGUUUUUUUGUGAAGGCCUUGUAUGUUGUAAGCAGUUUAACCUCCUCAGGUACUGAGUUCCACUCACCAGCGCUCCUCACUGACCAGGCUGACUUACUGAAAGUGCUCCUGCGCAGAGGAAUGAGACAGUCACCUCUGACAGAGCCUCGAGUGACAGGCUCAGAGCUGUUUCUUUGGCUGAUGAACUCAGCCAGAGGAGCUGGGGCCAAAUCAUGCAGUACUUUAUAAAUCAAAUUUAAAUCUGCAAAUAUGUGAAGACUGUCCCAGUUUAAAAGACUGUAUUUUUUUUAAAAUUGCACAGUGAUGAUAGUGCCUUGGUUUUUUAUCCAUCACUUUAAUUACUUGUUUGUACAAAACUUCCAAUGUUUUUUUUGCAUUCUGACCAGCCUGGGACCAACUGGUUAUGCAAUAGUUAAAGUGACUAAGAAUCAUCGAAUGCAGGUAAAUUUUUGCAGCUUCAGUUGACAUUUCAUUCCGAAUUGCACGAAAAUUUGCGAGGUUUAAUUUGAUAUUUUUACACAAUUUGUCAAUAUGGGCUUUAAAGGAAAGCUGUGAAUCUAUUAUUAACCCAAGAUAUUUGUAUUGGCUGACAAUUUGCAUUUUUUCUCCAUUAACAAGUAUGUCGGGGUCAGGUGAUACUCUAUUUGUUUUAGUGAAAUACAUGCCUACAGUUUUAGAAACAUUUAGCUGUAGACAGCACUCCUGCAACCAAGUUGUGACACAGGACAUUGUAUUAGUGAGUUUAGCAGCAACAGUAUCUUUGGAGCGACCAUGAACAAAGAAAACUGUGUCGUCUGCAUACAUUACGCACUCUGCUUCAGAGCAAACGGUGGGCAAAUCGUUGACAUAGUAAACUGACAUACUCUACAGUGCAAAUAUUUGGUUAAAAAGGCAGAAGAGCUACGUGUGAUUUUUCCAAGGAAAGUGUUUCGCGAGUGUGUUAAAACUAUUGUGGGUAGAACUGUGGUCAGUGGUCUUCUCACUCAUCUAUCCGCCCUCCCCCUAUUGCUGUUCUGCACAACCACAUAGCAAAACUACUUCAUGGAAGAGGUGGGAGUUCUACAUUCUAUAAGAGCCGCUAUCCUAAACUUGAUUAAUUGAAUGCGCUCACAACUACCAGGGCAUAAUUCAGAUCGGCGGCAGCUCUGUCCUUCCUGGUCCAAAAAUGAGACUCAACUUAAUUCUUCUCUGCUUGACCCUGUGGAUGACCUUGGUCCUCACAACGCACGGGCCCGGUUCAAACUGCUGUCCUCGCUUGUCCAACACCAGGGUGGCACUUCGAAAAAUUAAGAGUUACGCUAUACAGACUGUGAGCGCCUGCUCCUUCAAAGCCAUUGUGUUUUACACUCACGGUCGCAAAAGGAUUUGCGCCGACCCCAACAUGCGUUGGACAGAGAAAGCUAAGUUAAAAGUGGAUAGAGGAGUUUCACAGCAGAAGGAACAAAGUAAGGACAAAUCAGCAAGUGGCGGCGUGGCGGUGGCACCGUGCACCACAUUGAGAACUUCACAAGGGAACAAAAAAGGCAAGAAAAGGGUGUAGACAAAUUCAAACAAAUGUCCUAAAUAAAUGUGGUGUAACAUGGGUUUAUCUGUAUAUAAGGUAUUGAUAAAGACCCAUUAUUUCACUGCUGUAUGUAUAUAAAAAAAUGUAUGUUACAUUUCUAUUGUAAUAUUUUUGUGUGUGUUUCUGUUGUGCCUUUUUGUGUUAUAAUUUUAAAUUAUACAGCCAAUUAAAUAUCAAAUGUGCCCAAGUGUCCACGAGCUUGCCAUUAACUGUCUUGCAUAAAAAGUCUGAUAUUCCACGAUAUCUGGACUGAGAAACAUUGAACUAAUCAUCCAAAGUAAUAAAAAUGUAAAUGUACUUGUUACACUUUUUUCCCCAAUAAUGAACUAAGCUUCCACUUAAUGUACCUAAGGUGUAAAGGCUAUUGAACAUUAAUUUGUAAAUACCGUAAUCAUCAGUGGAUAAAGAGGGGCAAUAUUUUUACAUUACACACAAAGACACAAGUCAGAGUUGCUUCAUGUUGAUAACAAUGAGACAUGUUUUGUAAUUUGUCAUUUUUGUGAGUUGCGCAAGAUGUCACAGAAGAUCUGUGUAUUUUUGUUCUAUACCAGGGAUCCGCAACCUGCGGCUCCAGAGCCGCAUGUGGCUCUUUCUUCCUUCUGCUGUGGCUCUCUGUGACUUUGGAAAAUAAAUAAUGACUAUUCAAUUUAAAUUUGUUUAUGUUUUUAAUUUUUAUAUAAUUCUAAAUUUGAAGAUUA